CAGCCUAUAUUCUUAUAAAACAGAUGAUUUUGCGCGUUUCUUGGCGGCGACGGCGCUGUGUCUGCUCAUCGUAGAAAAUCUGUCAAAAGUGCAUGAAAGAGCAAGAGAGGCGAUUUCAUAGAGCGAUGUUAGAUUACCCUCGAUAGCGGCCUUGCAAGGCUAUAGUGGAAAUAGGAAUUAAGAGAAUUGUAAAAACCAACAGGCAAUAAUAUACGUACGACUUACUAACAGACUUUUUUGAGAAACAUAACCCCUCAAGGAUACUACUACCGAGGAAAGGGAAAGAUAAGAAAUUUCCUGAGUGCGUUUCUCUUAUUCACUGGACACCAGUAUGUGAUAACAACCUGAUUGCGGUAAUUUGUGUUUGCAUUUGUGUCUCUGCUCGCACUCAUUGAUCAUCAGGCUUUAGUAUUCUAUAAUAGAGAAAACGAUACAACUAUGAAGAGGGUCGAAACCGGGUUACUCUACUUUCUCUGCCUGGCAAUGAUUUUCGUGUCAUUCUGUUAUCCUAUAGAUCAUCAAAACAGAUAUGGACAGGAUUGCAAACUUGACGUUGUAGAUGAUACGUGUGGAUUUAAUGGAAGAUGCAAGCAGGAGAAUGAUAAGACUGGGGCAAAAUGUACGUGUCAACAAGGAUACAUGUACAUUAACCGUGAAUGUAAAAUGGUACAACGUAAGGCAACAACACUCAUUACUGUUACAUCAGAUUCAAUUCCAAAUGAAACAGAAGAAGGUAAUUCCAUAGCAGUUAUCUUCCUUGUGCCGACUUGUCUCAUUAUAAUCGCUGCUUUAUCGUACUUCGGAGCACAACGAUAUAAGUGGGUACAGCGAUUUCGGCAGUUUCAUCAGAAUCGUUAUGGCAGUGUUCUAGUAACAAGGGGUGACAGCGAUGACGAUGAUCCACCAAUUGCGUAGAAUUUCUGUGUGUACAUUAAGAAUGU